UGGGAGAUUUGUACAGGGUAAAAGGUAUCUUGAAGAAGGAAGGCUAUCACUCCAUUUUGCAAUGCCAUACCCUGUGGACGGCGCUUAAUUGGAGCCAAUUUCCUCCUACAACAGGACAAUGACCCAAAGCACAGCUCCAAACUAUGCAAUAACUAUUUAGGGAAGAAGCAGUCAGCUGGUAUUCUGUCUAUAAUGGAGUGGCCAGCACAGUCACCGGAUCUCAACCCUAUUUUUUUUUUUUUUAACCUUUAUUUAACCAGGCAAGUCAGUUAAGAACAUAUUCUUAUUUUCAAUGACGGCCUAGGAACAGUGGGUUAACUGCCUGUUCAGGGGCAGAACGACAGAUUUGUACCUUGUCAGCUCGGGGGUUUGAACUCGCAACCUUCCGGUUACUAGUCCAACGCUCUAACCACUAGGCUACGCUGCCGCCCCAACCUAUUGAGCUGUUGUGGGAGCAGCUUGACCGUAUGGUACGUAAGAAGUGCCCAUCAAGCCAAUCCAACUGGUGGGAGAUGCUUUAGAAAGCAUGGGGUGAAAUCUCUUCAGAUUACAUCAACAAAUUGACAACUAGAAUACCAAAGGUCUAAAAGGCUGUAAUUGCUGCAAAUGGAGGAUUGAUGGAAGCCACAAUCUAUCUGCAAUAUUAAAGAUAAUCAACCCCCUAAAAUAAAAAAACUAAUAAAAAACCGUUCACGCGGCAAUAAAAACAAUAUGUUCUAUUUCUGUUGGGUUAUAAAGUAGGAUCCAGCUCCCGAUUGAAGUUUAUAUGUGGUGGAGUCAAAACACAUUGUUAAUCUUUUCUCAUCAUAAUUAAGAAGCCAUAGUGAAGACAGGCAGACAGACACAGACACUAAUAUGCAACACGGGAGACUAAAAUGUAGGAGCGUUUCUAGGGACGACUCCGCAAGAAAACCGCUGAAACGGUGCAGAGACAGUGUUAUUUGCUUUGAUCCUAUUUGUUCCAUUUGUAAUUACCCUUUUGAAAAUUUAAACUCGAGGAUCCAGGGAAAACUAUUCUGUUUUAGAGAGAACCUCACACAAUAGACAUCCGAUCUGUCUGCCGCUGGGAGCUGUGUUGGCGCUUGCCAUGUGCAAAAAAUCUUGUAAAAAAAAAAAAAUGGGGGGGGGAGGUUGAAUAUUUCAGUUGGAAUCUGUAAUUUCCCUGACAGAAAGCACAGCUAUUGCUGGUUAAGAGAGAGGCAUUACACAUUUGGGCUGGGUUGUAAAAAAAGGGCCUUGUCAGGAGGGCUCGGCUGCUCUGCUUUUAGGGAGCUGGUGUCACGCAAUGUUUGAACAAACAAGGCUUGCACUCUUUGCCCCCCUCCUCCCUCCUCCUCCCUGUGAUUCGGUGACAUUGGAGAGCCAAGAGCCACCGUAGUGUACUGUAGGGGAAUCAGUGGGGUCCGUUCUGUGGCCUUGAGGAAUUCAGCAGCAACACAAAUACAAAUAAAAAAAACAUUAUGGGCAACAACAACCAGCUGCUCUUUACUGAAUCUUUCAGUAAAUAUGUCACUUCUUUCUUUUUUUAAGAGCUGUUUUGAGGAUAUUGCUCUGAAUACCCAAUUUAAGUCAAGUUGUGUGAAGUCCUUCACUGCAAUAUGUUACACUGCAGUCAUUCAAACAGUUACAAUUCUUAAAAAAAAAAAAGUGAAAUGUAUUUCUUUCAAAGUUAUUCCAGCUACAAAAUGACCUAAACAAGAUUUCAUCCAGCUUUGAAACUCAUACAAAACCACACCAUUAGCAGCCUGUUAACCAGACCCAUUGCAGAUCUUUUUGGGGUCUGCGUGUGAGACCGCCGUCGGGCCGACCCAGUGAACCCGCGGCAGAGAUUAAGUGGCGAGGGCACCACUGUUUUGCCAACACAAUAGGCCACGACCCUGAAUCCCAUCAAUACUUCAAGCAGAGGGCGAUCUGACGGAUGUGAUGCACCAAAACGUCUUUGAUUAUGUCCAUGUGGACGACCGACAAGAGUUCAGAAGACAGCUCCACUGGGCCAUGAACCCCAGCCAGCUCCACUUAGUCUCAGGAACUGAUGUAGACUUGGUGGUGAGCAGCCUGAUUCAUUCUCAGGAGACGGGGGGAGUCGCUCCUGAGUUCUCCUCCUUUCUCAACCGCUGUUUCAUGUCCCGCGUGCGCUGCCUGCUGGACAGCACCUCUGGCUUCCUGACCAUGCAGAUCCAGGGCCGACUCAAGUUCCUCCAAGGACAGAAGGGGAAGUGGGGCUCGGGGGCCCCACUACCCCCCCAGCUGGCCCUGUUCUGUGUGGCCGUGCCCCUUCUGCUGCCCUCCAUCACUGAGAUGAAGAUGAACAACAUGAUGAUGAGGGGCAAGCACAAGAGUGGAGGGGACAUCAUCACUACACUAGAAUAUAGUGAGAGAGAGGAGCAGUUGAGGAGGCAGGCUGGCAGUGCGGGGGGGGUAGUCGAUGGCGGGGAACCGCUCCUCCUCAACUGCUCCAAACUUGGUGGUCUCCAACAUCGCCGCCACGCCCCCUGGACGCCCCUCUCCAAAGACAGCCUCAAGUACAAGACAGAGGAGGGCUAUUGUGGACAGGACGAGCCCCUCAACUACUGCAAAACCUCCAUGGGCGGCGUCCCCCACCACAAAGGCCCAGGCCUGGACUCCCCGUGGCCCAUGCGGCCUGCCUCGGGGCCCAUCCGGGGGGGGCAAAGUGGGGGCUACACCCCCUCAAAUCGACUCGGGAAGGGUGGGCACUAUGGCAAGCCCUACCGCAUGUCCCCCAGCAUGUGCCACGGAGGAGGGCGAGGUGGUGAAAUCUACGUGCCCAGGAUGUACGAGAGCCUCCAGAGCCCUGGCGGCUUGGACCUGUACUGCGUGGGAGAGGAGGUGAAGAGCGAGUGCUAUGGCAACCUCCUGUUGCCUGAGAUGCCCAUCAAGGUGGAGCAGGACUCGGAUUCGGAGAACGGCUGCGACACGUAUGGCCGUCCGUGGCCCUGCCGGGAGCCCUUGGACCAUCGCUACGACGACGGCAACAGCUACGUCGACAACAACGGCCUCCGUAUGAAGUCGGAGGCGGACUACUACGAACAGUACUCGUCGUGCCAGAGGGGCAAGGCGGGCAUCAGCCCCAUCAGCCCGCCCUACAACAACGGCCACUUCCAGAACUAUAAUGACACGGCGGGCAGUGGCAGCAGGCCCUUGAAGGUCAAUAAGGACCUGUCCCAGUUCAGUCCCCAGAGGUUGUCCCACCCAGACCCCCUGUGUAGCAGCCAGAGCAUCAACUGCAUCGACGUGUACGCAAGCGGCUCCAUGGAGCACAGCAACAAGGGCUACGUGCAGCAGCAGCAGCAGCAGCAGGACAAGUUGAGCUACGAGUUCAAAGGUCACGGACCGCGCCAGACCAUCAAGCAGGAGCCCGCGGACUCACCCCAGUGGUCGGACGGCAGCGGCCACGACAUGAACCGCGCCGCGGGACACUCUCAGAGGAGCGUUAUGCCUCACCGUGUGAUGAAUGCUGGGCAGCACAAAGCCAACCCGUGUGUUUAUAUGCAAUAGACGCUGACGCGCCCCAUAACUUCCUCAUUCACCAGCAUAACACAUUGGCAGAAGACAUGCAGGGUACGGCUCAGGUUUAAAGACUAGUGUGGUGGAGACAAUCAAAGACAGGAAUGGGGGGGGAUUCUAUCUCGAUUUGUUUUGAUGAAUGGAAUAAAUUGUAGUUAUUUAUCCAAAGCA